AUGGGUUUUAAGCCACUGGUUUGCUAUGAGGAUGCAAGAAGACUACGGGUUGCUGUUAUCCAUGGAUUGGCACGAAUGGCUGCAAUCAUGGCCUCAACUUACAAGGCAUAUUUGGGUGUAGGCCUUGGCCCAUUAUCGUUUUUGACAAAGUUUAGGAUACCACAUCCAGGAAGAGUUGGAGGGAGCUUUUUUAUCGACCUUGCAAUGCCUUUAAUGUUGAGUUGGGUCCUCGGCGGUAAUGAUCAGGAAUCUUGGUAAUUUCCUUUGAUGCAAGUUCAGGGGAUUCACAUCUUUUUUGUCUACAAAAUCAUGUGAGUUUUUGAAGUGCCAUCAUUGUGAAAUAAAAUUACUUUUUUAUAUAAUUCAGUCCCUCAAAUGUCUAUUAUAGUUAGAUUGUUGUUUUCUUAAGGAAUAUUAAAAUGUCUAUGGCCAAUCACUAUGUGCACCACAAAACACCUCUUUUGAAUAUGAUGAGCGUAAAGCAUUUGGUGCUGGAUUUCUUAUGAAGGCAACCCUAUUGCUUCUCAAAUAAAAUCCUCCACACUAACAUAUAAUGUAAUGAUACUGUUUCCAUUUUUUUUAUAAAGUAAACUUUGUACUGGAAGAUUACUAAUAUG